GAGAGAGAGAGAGAAGUGUAGGCAAUUGACGUACAGCUUUGAAUGUGGAGGGAAGUGGUGUCAACAUGACAAAAAAUGACCACAUCGUUCUUCUUCUUGCUUUGCGUCCGUCUCCUACAAACAGCUAUGACCUUGCCAUUUUCUGCAAUUACUCCCCGAUUAUACAGCACCAAUUCCCAGAGCUUCUUCCUUCGAGCAGCACCUCCGAGCUCCCAACCCUCUCUCUCUCUCUCGCUCUAUCGGCGCCUUCGUUGAGGGAUGGGGGAGGACGGAGAGGCCGAAAUUGACCGGCUUCCGAUGGACCUGCUGGUUCAUAUCUUUGUUCUCGUCUCUUCUUUUACUGAUUUGGCACAGGCGAGCGGAGUUUGCAGGAGAUGGAGGCAAGGAGUGAAGGGAUCUUUGGGUAGGAGAGAGAUUUUGAGCUUCGCUGGUUGGAAGAUGGACGAUGACUCCACUGCCCGCCUCGUUCGCCAUGCUUACAGCCUCAAGCAGCUCGACAUCUCAAGAGGCUGUUGGGGUUGCCAAAUUACAGACACUGGACUGUACAAAAUAUCAUUGGCAAAGUGUGUCAGCAACCUGACUUCAAUAUCCCUAUGGGGUAUGACGGGGAUCACUGACAAAGGUGUUGUUCAAUUGAUUUCAAGAGCUGUAUCCUUGCAAUACCUGAAUAUCGGCGGAACAUUUAUCACAGAUGAAUCUUUAUUUUCUAUUGCAAAUAGUUGCCCCUGUUUGCAGACUAUUGUCCUGUGGAGCUGUCGUCACAUAACUGAGAUUGGACUUCUUGAACUUGUAAAUAAAUGCCGCAAACUUGAGUCAAUGGUUGUAUGGGGGACAAGAGUGCCUGUUGAUUGCUUCAUUGAUUUGGUUACAAUUAGUCCAGGCCUACAGAUAAAACUAUGAGAAACUGCUGCCAAAUGUACAAAGGUUUCUAUGCAUUGCGCCAUGUUACAUAAUUUGCCAUUCUUAUUGUUGCUUGUGUACAUAUUAUUUAUCCUUUGUAUUUUAAUUAUUGUAAGAGCCUAUAACUCAAUAAAUUGAAGUGGUUUGUUCACCUUUCAAA